GGGGGCACCACAAAGUCCGAAGGGUACUUUAAUAAAUUGAAAUAAUCCCAUCCAACAAGAAAAUGCGGUUCUUUCUUUAUGUUCUGGAUUCAUAGGUAAUUGAUGAAAUCCGGAUUUAAAAUCAAAACCUGUAAAUAUUUUCUUUCCCGCUACUUCUUCUCUAAUUUCGUUUAUUAUUGGUAAAUGAUAUACUUGUUUAAUUGUUAUUGCAUUUAAUUUUCUAUAAUCGAUGGCAAAUCUCAUAGUUCCAUCUUUUUUCUUUACUAAUACUACGGGCGAAGCAAAUUGUGAAUUAGAAUGUUCUAUUAUAUUAUCUUUUAGCAUUUGUUCUACUUGUCUUUUAAUUUCAUUUUUCAUUGUCAUUGGUACUCGAUAUUGUCUUUACGAAAUUGGCCCUUUUCCUGGUUCGAUAUUUAUAUUAUGUUGGAUUGAACCUUUAUAA